CGGAGCGCAGCCGCAGUAAGUGCGCAGUGCCGGUCCAGUUGACUCUCCCAGUCCCGUUUCUGGAUUAUAUGUGAUGAUUUUUCUCUUAAAUCGGCUUUAAUUGAACACAUUCCCGAAAUAUUAGCGCCUUGGACGGAACAGCGAUCGUAGCAGGCCUCCAGCAGAGCAUGUCCACCAUGGUUUACCCGCGUGAGGAGCGGCUGGAGAAGCUGACCCAGGAUGAGAUCAUCUCCAGCACCAAACUGGUGAUCCAGGGCCUGGAGGCGCUGAAGAGCGAACACAACUCCAUCCUGCAGAGUCUGCUGGAGACCAUCCAGUGCCUGAAGAAGGACGAGGAGGCCAGUCUGGUGCACGAGAAGUCCAGCCUGCUGCGCAAAUCUGUGGAGAUGAUAGAGCUGGGCCUGGGGGAAGCACAGGUGAUGAUGGCUCUAUCCAACCACCUGAACGCGGUGGAGUCGGAGAAGCAGAAGCUGCGGGCUCAGGUGCGCCGCCUCUGCCAGGAGAACCAGUGGCUGCGGGACGAGCUGGCCAACACACAACACAAGGUCCAGAAGAGCGAGCAGAGCGUGGCUCAGCUGGAGGAGGAGAAGAAACAUCUGGAGUUCAUGAACCAGCUCAAGAAAUAUGACGACGGAGCCACGCCAGAGGAAGAGAAAAAUAGCGACACUCCCAAAGAUUCGCUGGAUGAUUUGUUUCCUAAUGAUGAAGAUGACCAGGUCUCGCACCAGCACAACAGUGCCGCGGUGGCUGCUGCUCAGCAGGGAGGAUAUGAGAUCCCGGCACGUCUGCGAACGCUGCAUAACCUGGUGAUCCAGUAUGCGUCUCAGGGCCGAUAUGAGGUGGCCGUUCCGCUCUGCAAACAGGCUCUGGAGGACCUGGAGAAAACUUCUGGACAUGACCAUCCGGAUGUGGCCACCAUGCUCAACAUCCUGGCUCUGGUGUACCGGGACCAGAAUAAAUACAAGGAAGCUGCUCAUCUGCUUAAUGAUGCCCUUUCAAUCAGAGAAAAGACCCUGGGCAAUGACAACCCUGCUGUCGCAGCCACGCUCAACAACCUGGCAGUCCUGUAUGGAAAGAGAGGAAAGUACAAGGAAGCAGAACCGCUGUGCAAAAGAGCCUUGGAGAUCAGAGAGAAGGUGCUGGGUCGAGAGCAUCCAGAUGUGGCCAAGCAGCUGAAUAACCUGGCGCUGCUCUGCCAGAACCAGGGCAAGUAUGAGGAGGUGGAGUAUUACUACUGCAGAGCUCUGGACAUCUACGAGAAACGACUCGGCCCUGAUGACCCCAAUGUGGCAAAGACCAAAAACAACCUGGCUUCGUGUUAUCUGAAACAGGGCAAGUACAAGGAAGCCGAGAUCCUCUACAAAGAGAUCCUGACGCGCGCUCAUGAGAAAGAGUUCGGCUGUGUAGAUGCUGAAAAUAAACCCAUCUGGAUGCACGCCGAGGAAAGAGAAGAGAGCAAGGGCAAGCUGGUUGAUGGGAAUCAUUAUGGAGAAUAUGGAGGCUGGUACAAAGCCUGUAAAGUGAACAGCCCAACAGUGAACACCACCCUGAGGAAUCUGGGAGCUCUGUACCGCAAACAGGGUAAACUGGAGGCGGCAGAGACCCUGGAGGAGUGUGCUAUGAGGUCCCGCAGACAGGGAGCAGCAGUGGAUCCUCUGAGAGAUACAGACCGCCGCAGGAGCACCUCCUCCAUCUCCAGUGUGAAGUACGACUGCAGCAGUGAGACUGCAGAGGAGGGCAGUGUGGAGUGGAACGGGGCCUAAGCAUCACUUCUCUCUCUGCUCUCCGCAAAUUGAAUCUCAUCCUCCUGAUCUAAAUGGACUCCUGUGCUCUUUCCUCUGCUGCGGAUAAAGUCCUGCGCAUCUUUAACUCUCUGCUUUGGGCUGAUGGGAUUGAUCAUCGUGCAUUCGCUGUGUUUUCCUGCCUCUCUUUCCCUGAUUCUUCCACACACACGCACACACUGACCGACUUUACUUCAUUCUCUUUCUUUGUCGUCUGGUUUUUGUGUGUCUACAUUGUUAACACUGAUUAUUUUUAUUUGUAAAAUACAACAGAUAAUCAAAGUGAAUCUGAUGAAGACACUGACCUCAAUCCAUAUUGUAGUUUUAGACAUUUAUUGUGCUUUUCUUGAGUUCUUGAUUCCUGCUUAUGAAUUUGAAUAACGUGUCAUUAGCUAUGUUUCCAUUUACCUAUUAUUGGGUGCAUUUUGGAAUAUCGCAAAAACAAAUGCUUAAUGUAAACGCCAAGAUGUGCAAACAUUUUGAAAACGUGCAUAAAAAAUUAACUUUUUAAUUGGAUAAGAAAAUAAUGUGCAUAAACUACAGUGGAAACACAUUUAGUGAAACUCUCCAGCACAUUGUAAAAGAUCUGAAAUGUUGUUCUGCUGAUUGUAAAAGGCCUGAGCUUCAAUACUAUGCUUCAGUAUUAUUAGUAUUCUAUUAUUAUUCCCUCCAGAACUGUCUUGAGCAUCUGUCUGUGCUCCCAGAAUGUCUCACGCCUCCAAAAGCCACCGCAUUCAAUGCGUUUCGUCUUCUGAGGCGCAACUCAUUUAUUAAAAAUUAUAUCGCUGUGAGCACCGGAGUGCAUGUGUCGACGCAUUAACCACUACACCACUGGCACAGACGAAUUAAUAAUUUUUUAAUAAUUAAUUAAUUCAUAACGAACUAAUUAUUUGCAGCCUAACUGACCCGCACGGUCUUUAUUUUACCCAUAACCAAAUCAUAAAUAAAUAAAAGUUACACACAAAUUACCACCUGUCAAUCACUUUUUCCGCGGGACUCUGGCAUGAAUAUUCAGAGUGAUUUGUGUCGUUAUAAUGGCGUCGACAAAUUUGGUACACGCGUGAAAGCGAAAGAUUGAAGCAGUGCACUGACACUGUGACACGUUACCUGAUAGAUUCAAAUAACUGAAGAGUCGUUAAAUAGAGACAAGAUUAAUUAAAUAUCACCUUUAACAACAAUAGUGAGACGCAAUCCAGCGGUACAUCCUUGAUAAAUUGUCCGACGUUCACUGCUCUCUGGGGUUUGACUGCUAAAGCUCAAACGAGCGCAAAUGCUGUAGCGCAUGACAGUGUGUCUUUGUGUGUGUAUGGUCUCAUGAUGUGCGUUUUCAGCAGUAUAGUGUGAAAGGAGGGCUUUUCAGAAAUGCUAGAAGAAACGCCAGUGUGGACGUGGACAUUUAAAACUAAGACGUAUUAGUGUAAACAGGGCCUGAGUGUGUAUUUUUCACGAGCGGGUUGCUGCUGCCACGAGGGUGAGGCGGAGGAUCGCAAUGCUGGCUCAGCAUCGUGAUGUCUACAGACCAUCGGCGAUGGACGUUGGCAUUGUCUAUCGAUCCCAACCCUAAUGGAAAUGCUGCUUUAUUUGCACGUCUUUUAUGCCAUAUUCCAGUUUUGCGCAUAAAUUUAUUUUGCAUCUUUGGAUGGAAACAUAGCUAUUGUUCAACAGUUGCCUUCGGCCUCAUCAUGUGAGCUAUAGGACCCCACUAUUGAAUAGAAAACGAACAGACCAAAGUAUAAUUUAUUUUUUAACACUUUUUAAGUGUACUCCAUUAGUCAGCAUAUGAACACCUACACUAGAAAGAUUUCCUCGUCCAGUAUCUGCGCUUUUUAUCUCCAAAAGUUAUGAGUGAUAAAUUGUUUAUUACACGUCUGUUUGAAAUACUCAAUUUUCAUUGGUCAGUGGUGACAUUCCUAGGUCUUCAAAUCAUCUUGACUGUCAGUGAAUACGUUCAUAUAUACAUUUAUAUGCUUGUCUGUCUCGCCACCAUUUUUGACUGUUUGGCGCCAUAUUGUGGCUGAAUAAUACGUAGGUUAGUGUAUACUCCAGUCAGCCGUAUUCAAUUUUGUCAGCCUUUAAUUAUAGAAUGAAUAAACUAUUACUGCUUAGAACAA